AUGGCGACGCCGCCCCCUCCCGUCGAGGACGCGGUCCCGCGCUCCCCGUCCGUGAUCCUCGAGGACGCGCCGUCGACGACGACGCGCACGAUCGGCGGGUGCUGGGUGAUCGACAAGCGCAUCGGACGCGGGUCGUUCGCCACGGUGUGGCGCGCGCGGCAUCUCACGUCCGAAUCUCACGUCGUCGCGGUCAAAGAGAUCUACCUCGAGAAGCUCUCGAAGAAGCUCCGACAGAGCCUCGAGUCCGAGAUCGAAGUCUUGAGACAGAGCGACCACCCGAACAUUAUCAAGCUGUACGACAUCAUACGCGACCCGGGAGACAAGGUCGUGCACCUCGUGCUAGAGUACUGCGACGGCGGCGACGUCGGCGAGUACAUCAAAAGAAACGGAAGCGUCGACGAGGCGACGGCGCGAGGAAUGUUGACGCAGAUGGCCGCGGGGCUCACCGCGAUGCGCGAGAAGAACUUGAUACACCGCGAUCUGAAGCCGCAGAACUUGUUGCUGACGUCCGCGGGGGCGAGCGGGGACGGGGAGAAGAUCUUGAAGAUCGCGGACUUUGGAUUCGCGAGGUACAUGCACCCGACGGGUUUGGCGGAGACGUUGUGCGGCUCGCCGCUGUACAUGGCGCCGGAGAUUCUUUCGUACCAAAAGUACGACGCCAAGGCGGACCUCUGGAGCGUCGGCUCCAUCUUGUACGAGCUCCUCGUCGGCCGCACGCCGUUCACGGGGAUGAACCCGAUGCAGCUGUUACGGAACAUCGAGCGACAGGACGCGAAGAUACCGAGCAAGGUGGCGAACGCGCUCUCGCCGGAGUGCGUCUCGAUGCUCCGAGCGUUGCUGCGGCGAAACCCGGCGGAA